AUUACGCAUUUGGUUCGGGACUACGUUUUCCGGCCUAAGUAUUGCACGGACCACACACGACUCUCCAUUAUAUUACAUGGGUACCGGCAAUCUUUAGUCAUCUGGCGCCGUGGCAGCGGGCAGUUGCUCCCAACUGGAAGAAGUUUCAAUCCCAAGCUUUUGAAUCCAACCUUAACAACCACUGAAACGCUAAACCAGGCCAGAUUGGCGUUUUCACAGACGUCAUUUUUCUUCUUCCUUUUCCUGCACUUCAAUCCUUCUGCAUUCUCAUUCACUGUUUUAACAACUGGACAAAAAAGGCUUGUAGUUGCCACCCCAGCUAACGCGCAAUAUGGCGAGUAGCGUUGACGCGAAGCUCUUAAGGGCGACAAAAUUCCCUCCCGAGUUCAAUCAGAAGGUCGACAUGCAAAAGGUCAACCUUCAAGUCAUGAAGAAAUGGAUUGCGAGCAAGAUCUCCGAAAUAUUAGGAUCCGAAGAUGAUGUGGUUACCGAGCUCUGCUUUAACUUGAUCGAGGGGCCGAGAUAUCCCGACAUCAAGUCCAUGCAGAUCCAGCUUACCGGCUUCCUCGACAAGGACACCGCACAGUUCUGCAAGGAUUUAUGGAACCUUUGCUUGAGCGCCCAGUCUAACCCGCAGGGCGUGCCUAAGGAGCUUUUAGAGGCGAAGAAGUUGGAACUUAUUCAGGAGAAGAUCGAUGCAGAUAAGGCGGCCGAAGAGUCACGAAUUAGACGAGAAAACCAAGAGCGCCGUGAGCGCGAGUUAUCAGAUAUCCGAGAUCGAGAACGCCGGGAACGUAGCUUCCGUGGUGGACGCGGCGACAACUGGCGCGGCGGUGGGAGACGUGGUGGCGAUCGAGCUUUUGGAGGUCGCGGUAGAGGAUUUGGUCGGGGCGGCGAUCGAUCUAUCUCUCCCCCGAGACGAGAGCGGGACUCGUACCACAACAAUCGCGACCGCGACAGAUAUGUGCCCCAAGACCGACGCGGCAGUCGACAGGAAUUUCGACGCGGUCGCUCCUCAUCCCGCUCUGCAAGUCCCGAGUCGAGGGAUUCUCUGUCUCGUUCUCGAUCGCGUAGCACGGCUAGUGAUCGUAGCCGGCGAUCACCUACCCCACCACGCCGUCGUUCUAGAGGCCGCCGGUCACCGCCUCGCUACAGGAACUCAGCAAAGCGAGAUCGAUCUCCAGUGCGAGUAAGAGACUAUAGGGGUCGUAGAGUCGGUCGCAAAAAUACCUCCUCACCAGACAAUGGAAGCAGGUCUGAGAGUAGUAGAUCCCGUUCGCCAGCGCCCAAACGGCGCAGGUAUUCGGACUCCCCUAGCCGCUCAAGGUCUCCACCACGUCGAGACACGCGACGGCUUAGCCGUUCCCCAUCAUCUUCUCCAUCACGAUCACGCAGCCGUAGUCCCAGACGAAGGACAGUCCGCGAACUUAUCAGUCGCAGCCCCUCGCCCAACCGUCGUGGGAGAUUAAGACGAUCUCCAACUCGAAGUCCAACGCCGUCCGAAUCAUCGGAGGAAGUAAGGCGGCCACGAGAGAGAAGUCGGCGAAGACGCAGAGAGGAUAGCAAAGCUAGAGACGUCCCUUCGAGAAAGCGGAGAUACUCUGCUGAUUCCCCUCGCAACCAUGACAGAUCAGCUGAUAUUUCGGAAGAUGAAGAUAGACCCCAAUCCCCAAGACAACACGCGGCCUCGACGGCCGAUGAGGUUGGUUCCUCCUCUUAGGGCCUUAGGGCGUUCGUCUUAUAAUAUGAUUGAUCAGACUGAGAACUGACUCUCUCAUUCUUCAUCAGACCAAGACUCCGCAGCAGCGAGCCAAUGAGCUACGAGAAAAGCUUCUGAAGGAGCGAAUAAAGAAGAUGAGAAGCACCUCAAGUAGAGACAACGUCAAGGGGUGAGGCUAAUCUUCCUAGACUCGCAGGAUUUGCAGACCCGGGCCAUCCAAGGAGGCAUGAUUAGGCCAAUUGGUGUCCAGUUUGACUCUAUCUUUUGGUGAAGGCUUCGAGGUCAGUAACACAAAACAAGCAUUGCGUUUUAGCUUAUGACUGUAUGGCAAAUAGCAGAUAGAUGAUGAGGCAAUAGACUUACUACCAAGGCUCGACUUCGAAUGAGUGCAUAUGCUAUCGUCUACGCAGUUUGAUAAGCUAUGAUCUAUAUUUAUCACGUUACUAGCUUAAUAAUAGCUUUAUGACGGUAUGUUUAAGCCUAGUAUUAUUAAUACGGGUGACUAUACUAUUGAUGCUUUUAGUGAUUACUUAUACAGUCCGGGGUAAAGUUGCUUUGGUGGAAAUGACCCAAUGUUCAUCUGUUCUUUAGACUUAUAGCAAGGAAUUACAUGCUCAUUUAUACCACGUUAGUACUGUGAACUGCAGUAGAAUAUAUGUGCCCAUUUCAAGACCCAAUUGUCUCAGCA